AUGGAACAACAUCAUUGUAAAAUUCUCGAAGAGGAAAAUGGUAAUAAUAAAAGUGAUUUAAUAAAAAAUGUUUUUCCACAAUAUAAAGUUGUUGAUACAUUUCAACCAUGGCCUUCAAUAGAAGAAGUUAGAAAUAAAAGAUCUUCAUUACAAUCAAUCAAAAAUAGAUUUAUAAAAGAAAGUAAGAAGAAACAAAGUUUUAAUGAAAUUUCACCUUCAUUAAUAGAAAAUGACAAUAAUGUUAAAAAUAGAAAUAUAGUGGAAAUAAAAUGUUUAACAGAUAUGAUAAAAGAAAAAGAUAAUGAUAAAAAAACAAAAAAUUAUGAUAAUUAUAAUGAAAAAGUAUCAUCAUCUGUUCCAUUAAAAAAGAAAAAUAUUUUUUCAAAAGGUAAAUUACUGUCAACAGCCAUAGCCACUGCGUCAAAUGGAGCUGACUAUUUAUUAGGUAAAUCAGGUAAUGAAAAAGAAGAUAAAAUAAAAUUGACAAGAAGAAUGGAUGUACCUUUAAAAACUUUUUCAGAUCCUGUUUGUAGGAUGGCUCCUAGAGUAGAAUUUGGAGAUGAUGAUUCACCCCGUGUAGUACCUAAUUAA